AUGGCGCUCUGUGGACGAGUUGGUGACCAAAAUGAAUGCCUUCCGCCUUGCUUCGAAUCGUUCUUUUUGCAGAGGGGCAUAUUUCCGAUCAGUUCCAUGUGCGAGGAGGAACGGGACACACCGUCGACCUCGAGUGACGACGAUGAGAUGCUCCAACUGUCCAUCUCCAUCCAGCAGCAGUCGCUCAGCACGGUUGCGUCAAAUGUCCACAUUCUGUGUUACUCGCUCUGGUAUCUGGCCGGUGGUGACAAGCGCGAGCGUAUACGCUCCUUUAAACACAAGAUACCACUUAUUUUUCUUCGGAAGCAUGAGGCUUUGCGUAAGCGUGCUCAAGGUAUUGCUAAGAUGAUGGAAUGGGACACCACUAUUGAUCCUCUGAUGCUCGACGGCCCUGUCAAAAGGGAUCUAAUCAAGGAAGCUUGCGAGGUGGGUGGAUGCGACGUUAAUAUCGUGACCUUCAAGGGCGGAUGGCUGGAACCUGCCUACUGGUUGGCGAGAUUGUGGAAAGCUGCUGGAGAGGUGCCAGUCGACAAGCAGAAAUGGGAUAAGGCAGUGGCUGCAACUGCAGAUAUCGAGUAUUUAUCAAUUAUUUAA